GUGUUGAAGAUAUUUCUAGUGUCGAAAAAGUGUUGAAGCUAUGUCAAUCUUAAAAAAAGUGCUAAAGUUAUUUCUAGUGUUAGUUUUAGCGUGGUUAGUGUCACUUGUCACAAUAUGGAGGGAGUUUCGAAGUGGGAAUUUGGUGGUUCUAGAUGAACGCAAGAUAAGGGAUCAUGCUUUGUAUAAAUAUAGAAUUCGGUAUGGCUCUAGGAACGAGUCUCUGUCUAGAUUCGAAAGUAGGUAUAAUUCAACAGAAUACAAUUCUUGGGACAUGCUCAAUGCCUAUUCCCCAACUUUGUCCUAUGAAGAUAAACUGGCAGAACUAAAUGGAUAUGAUUACCCACCAGGCAAGAACGGAACGCCAGUUCGAAUAAAGGAUAAAAUAAAGGGCAGCAUUAGAGCCCUCGUAGCCAAAGGCUGGGAGGACCAUGCCUUUAACGAAUUCGUCAGUGAGGUCAUUCCUGUGAACCGGUCGCUGCCUGACGUGAGAGAUCAUAGGUGUAAAGAAAUAAGUUAUUCCAAAGAUCUGCCUCCAGCUUCAGUGAUCAUUUGUUUCCACAACGAAGCCUGGUCUACGCUUCUGAGGACCAUACACUCGGUGCUCAACCGUUCGCCCGAUAAACUACUCAAUGAAAUUAUUUUGGUUGACGAUUUUUCUACCAUGCGUAACAUUCAUGCACGUCUGCAAUCGUACGUGCACGAGCUCCCUAAGGUGAAAUUGAUACGGACCGAGCGCCGCGAGGGAUUGAUCAGAGCUCGGAUGAUAGGAAUGAAACAUGCUGUCAGUGAGGUUGUGGUAUUUCUGGAUAGCCAUUGUGAGUGUGCUGUAGGAUGGCUAGAACCUUUACUUGACCGCAUUCAUACGGACCCCGAAAUCGUCGCCAGUCCGCUAGUCGAUGUUAUCCUUGACAAUACCUUCGAGUACAUAGCGCAAGACAUUUUUGACCUCAGAGUCGGAGGCUUCACUUGGGAUCUCAAAUUUAUCUGGAUCGGAAUACCAGAUUCCAUGGAAGAGCAGAGAACUGGAAUGGUGUCUGCUGUGAAGACACCAACAAUAUCGGGGGGACUGUUUGCGAUAAAUAAGAAGUAUUUUGAGAAGAUUGGGUAUUAUGAUGAAGGAAUGGAGAUUUGGGGAGGAGACAAUUUGGAACUGUCAUUCAAAGUGUGGAUGUGCGGAGGGAGUCUGGAGAUGGUGCCGUGCUCACACGUCGGGCAUGUUUUUAGAAAGAGGUUCCCUUACGAAGGAAGGAGGAAUAUCAAGAGGAACUUAGUGAGAGUUGCGGAGGUGUGGAUGGACGACUAUGCCAAAUAUUACUACGAGAGAAUCAACUUCAAGAAGGGAGAUUUCGGUGACGUGACCAAAAGAAAGGAAAUAAGGAAACAACUGAACUGCAAGUCCUUCGAUUGGUAUUUGAAAAAUGUUUAUCCUGACAUUGAAGUUCCUGAUGACUUAGUGGCUAGUGGGAAAGUAAGUUUGAAAAUACUUCAUAUCGGUAAAUACGGACAUUGCCUCGACGCACCAAACCGCAUUCGUAAACCGCAGCAGGACGUGCAGAUUGCCAAAUGUCACCAUGAAGGUGGAAAUCAGUACUGGAUUUAUGAGAAGGAAGGAGAGCUGCGUCGAGAUGACUAUUGCUUAGAUUACAUGUUUGGUACCAUCAUACUUUUCUACUGCAAGCGGUCAGCAUCACAAAUAUGGCUCUACGAUUCAACGGUAGGUAGAACGAAUUGAUAUUAUGCUCUC